AAAGAAAUCGUUGCGCUCUAGCGCCGAUACGAUUUGUACCGGCAAAUACACGCAUAACGCAAGGAUACCGACCACGUUCUUUAGUAGACUCUCCUUCGCUUCGGAGCUUCCCCUUCACGCGCGCUCUCUCUCUCUCGAUCUGCCUAUCUCUGUCGGUGGGACGAGGAAUGGAGAAGGCAGCGAGCAGGCAGAGGGUUCUGUUGGGUCAUCUGAGGCCCCUUCCUUCCUGCCUCCACGAUUCAACUCUUCAAGCUUCAGUUUGUCUGGCCGGGGAUAGCGCUCCAUAUCAUAGAACUGCUGCCUUUGGGGAUGAUAUUGUGGUUGUUGCUGCUUACCGAACUGCAAUUUGCAAGGCCAAACGUGGAGGCUUCAAGGACACACAUCCUGAGGACUUGCUUGCAUCUGUACUUAAGGAAUUACUGGACAGAACUCGUAUAAAUCCAAAUGAAGUUGGUGAUAUUGUUGUUGGUACUGUUCUGGCUCCAGGUACCCAGAGGGCGAGUGAAUGCAGGAUGGCGGCUUUUUAUGCUGGUUUUCCUGAGACCGUCCCAAUAAGAACUGUCAAUAGGCAGUGCUCUUCUGGCUUACAAGCUGUUGCUGAUGUUGCUGCUGCCAUAAAAGCUGGCUUCUAUGACAUAGGCAUUGGAUGCGGUUUAGAGUCUAUGACAACAAACACCAUGGCUUGGACAGACCCCAUCAAUCCUAAAGCAAAUAGUCAUACACAAGCUGCAGAUUGCCUCCUGCCAAUGGGCAUUACAUCAGAAAAUGUUGCUCAUCGAUAUGGUAUUACACGUCAGGAACAGGAUCAAGCUUCUGUUGAAUCUCAUAGACGAGCAGCUGAAGCAACAGCUUUGGGUAAAUUCAAAGACGAAAUCAUUCCUGUGCACACCAAGAUUAUCGAUCCAAAAACUGGUGAAGAAAAGAGCGUGAUCAUUUCUGUGGAUGAUGGCAUCCGGCCAGAUACAUCACUUUCAAUCCUAGCUAAGCUGAAACCUGCUUUUAAGAAGGAUGGGACCACAACAGCUGGAAAUUCAAGCCAAGUGAGCGAUGGUGCUGGAGGAGUCUUGCUUAUGAAAAGAUCUUUGGCACUGCAAAAACGGCUUCCUAUCCUUGGUGUAUUCAGGAGUUUUGUAGCUACUGGAGUUGAUCCUGCUGUCAUGGGUAUCGGACCUGCAGUUGCAAUCCCUGCCGCAGUCAAAGCGGCUGGUCUUGAAGCUAAUGAUAUUGAUCUUUUUGAGAUAAAUGAGGCAUUUGCAUCUCAAUAUGUGUACUGCUGUAAAAAAUUGGAGUUAGAUCCAGAGAAAGUGAAUGUUAAUGGAGGUGCUAUUGCAUUCGGGCAUCCUCUGGGUGCCACAGGUGCUCGAUGUGUGGCUACAUUGUUGCACGAGAUGAACCGUCGAGGCAAAGACUGCAGGUUUGGAGUUGUAUCCAUGUGCAUAGGGACCGGCAUGGGAGCUGCAGCUGUUUUUGAGAGAGGAGACUGCGUUGAUCAGCUCUGCAAUGCCAGGAAGAUGCAAGCCAAUAACUUGCUUUCUAAAGAUGUUCUGUAGGUUGUGAUGGAUUCUAGGAGCCCUAUUUCUAAUAUCGGUUUGAGUGAGGAAUAAUGUAGCAGUCGGUUGAGGGAACAAGAAAUUUUUUGUCUCUGCUAGUGACAUGGUAUGAUCACUGCCAUAAAUGGAACUUCCUGUUUUUCUUUUGUUUAUGAUCAAUGCAAUGCAAUGCCAAGAAUCCUACUGUUUUUGGCUGUUCUUUUUAA